CUUUGUAGUAGCAGUGAAACGCUGUGUGCACUAACACGCCGUGACGUCGUCCAACAAUGUUUUGGUUCCUGACGAUGACGUAACACACAAAAACAUGGUUCCCUUGUUUUGAACCUGAAACGCGUGCUAAGUGUAUCUCUAAGUUCACUACGCAUGAGGAUGCUUAUCCGAACCUGAAUGAGCGGAAAACAUUCAUAAGAGACGAUGGCUCAGGCCGUGGAAACGUGUGCUGAUUCGGGACGCAGGCUGCGCUCCAUCUGCCGGAGGAUGUACGACGAGAACGAGGAUCUGUCUGAUGUGGAAGAAAUUGCAAACAUCCGAGGUUUCAGCGUGGAGGAAAAGCUGGUCAGUGACAGCUACAGCGCGAAAUUUGUGCACUCCAUGGAGGGCAAAGAUUUCUCUUAUGAAUAUGUGCAGAGGGAGGCUCUCAGGGUACCACUCAUUUUCAAAGAGAAAGGUGGACUAGGGAUCAGAAUGCCUGAACCUGAAUUUACAGUUAGUGAGAUUAAAGGCUUAGUUGGCAGCCGUCGGUCUGUGGACGUUAUGGACGUGAGCACCCAGAAAGGCUCUGAAAUGAGCAUGGCUCAGUUUGUCCGUUACUAUGAGACACCAGAGGAAGAGAGGGACAAACUCUUCAAUGUCAUCAGCUUAGAGUUCAGCCACACAAAGCUGGAAAACCUCAUCAAACGGCCCACAGUGGUGGAUCAGGUGGACUGGGUGGACACCAUGUGGCCUUCUGAUCUUAAACACAGCCAAACUGAAGCAACCAAUGUCAUCUCAGAGAUGAAGUACCCUAAAGUGCAAAGGUAUUGUUUGAUGAGUGUGAAAGGCUGCUACACAGACUUCCACAUUGAUUUUGGGGGAACGUCUGUUUGGUAUCACGUAUUUAAGGGACAAAAAGUGUUUUGGCUUGUGCCUCCGACCCCUCAUAACCUUGCCCUCUACGAGGACUGGGUCCUGUCAGGAAAGCAGAGUGAUAUCUUUCUGGGAGAUCGAGCCGAUGGAUGCCAGAGAGUGGAGCUUAAGCAGGGCUACACCUUCUUUAUCCCAUCUGGCUGGAUUCAUGCUGUCUACACUCCAGAGGACACACUGGUGUUUGGAGGAAACAUCCUGCACAGCUUUAACAUUCCUAUGCAGCUUACCAUCCAUGAGAUAGAGAAUAGAACCAAGGUUCAUUCAAAGUUCCGUUUCCCCUUCUACUAUGAGAUAGCCUGGUACGUCCUGGAGAGAUACAUACACUGCCUGACUAAACGCUCCUACUUCUCUCAGGAGGUCCGUAAAGAGCCUGUAGUAACUGACAACGAGACAAAGGCAACCACAGAAAGCCCCUGCUCAGACUCCAGGAGCCAGGACACAAAUGAGGAAUCGUGUGAGACUCAGGUUAGGGAUGAGCAGGGUGAAAAACCAGAGAGAGUCGCUCAGGAUGGCUCCUGCUCUCCUGACAACCGGAGGGGCCAACACCUCAAAGCUGUUUUAUCCGUGGACUCCGAGGACAGCUGUAACCCCGGCUCCACCUCGAUAGAUUGCCCUCAGACCCCCUCUGACUCCCCAGCCUCAGAGUCUUUGAAUAAAUGGACGCAUUUGACCGAGUUUGAACUGAGCGGUCUCUGGACGCUGGUUGAGAAACUGGAGGCGCUUCCUGAAAAUAAGAAAUGUGUUCCAGAGGGAAUAGAAAACCCACAAGGCCUGCUGGAAGAUAUGAAGGCUGUAUUAAAGGAACAUGCAGACGACGACCCUAAAUUAGCAAUCACUGGAGUACCUGUGGUGUACUGGCCGAAGAAAACGUUAAAGCCUCGGCCUCCAAACCGGCCGAAACCUAAGAUGGCAGCGUCUCCUGCAUCAGCAGUCAAGCUGUCAGCCAGUCGAGGAACAUCUGGUGCCAGGAGGAGAAGGACGCGCUGUCGGAAGUGCGAGGCGUGCCUGCGGACCGAGUGUGGAGAGUGCCACUUCUGCAAAGACAUGAAGAAGUUUGGCGGGCCGGGCCGCAUGAAGCAGUCCUGCAUCAUGAGGCAGUGCAUUGCACCUGUCCUGCCCCACACAGCGGUGUGUCUGGUCUGUGGAGAGGCAGGGAAAGAGGACACAGUGGAGGAUGAGGAGGAGAAGUUUAACCUAAUGCUCAUGGAGUGCUCCAUCUGUAAUGAGAUUGUUCAUCCUCACUGUCUGAAGGUGAAAGACUCAAACGGAGUUGUCAAUGACGAGUUGCCAAACUGCUGGGAGUGUCCAAAGUGCAACCACGCUGGGAAGACAGGGAAAGCCUCAAAGCAAAAAAGAGGUCCAGGGUUCAAGUACGCAUCAAACCUUCCCGGCUCGCUGCUGAAAGAGCCCCGGCUGAACCGAGACUCCAAAGAGGAGCCUGACGCGCCAAUGAUGGCUACGGCGACUGUUACUGCUCUGACUCCCUCGUCUGCCGUGAAGAGGAAGGCGGAGCGGGAAGAAUGCCCGAAGAGGAAAGAGGACGAGCCUCCAAAGAAACGUCCCCCGCUGCUGUCGCUGGAUGGUACGGCCCGACCGCGACUUGAAGAGAACCCACUGAGGAAGAAGAGGAAACUCUUUGACACCAAUGAUGAACCUGUCAUCGUGAAAAAGAAGAAGAAGCUUUCAAAACCAGAGGAUCCUUUGACUCCAAAGCUGUUGCGACACAUCAAGACAGAGAACGAUCACGGUGAUGAAGAAGAUGACCAGGAGGAUGAAGAUGGAUUCGCUUUAGACAGGAUUCGUUUCAAGCAGAAAAACGAGUUUGACGAUGAGGACCAAGAAGGAGAUGAGGACAGAGAGGAGGAGGAGACAGUAAAGAGGGAAAGAGACAGCAGUGUAGAGGAUAAAUCAAAGGUCCUGUUAAAUCCACUGCUGAGGACAUCAGCAGGCAGAGAAAGUGACUUAUCCACCUCUAACUCUCCCAGAGCAGGGCCAAGCGGAGAAUCAGUGGACACUCAGGAGAGGGUCUCUGCUCCGGUGAAGAAUCGUCAUCAACGCAGACGCCUCGCCAACAAAGAGCUGAGCAAAGAGUUCAAACAGGAGAUUCCCAAGAAGGAGGACUGUCCGUCCAACCAGAAAAACAUCUCAGUGAAGACAGAGGACAGCCCGGCCAAUAACAACAGACGGCCGCUCAAGAGUGAGGACUCUGUGACCAACCACAACCGUAAACCACUAAAAACAGAAGACUCCAGCACCAAUCAGAGCCGCAGAGCCAUUAAAACAGAGGAACACUUGUCCAAUCAAAACAGACGGCCACUAAAAACGGAGGACAGUCUGGCCAAUCAGAACCACAGGCCUGUAAAAGCCGAGCCUGAGAACGACGUAGACGACCAAAAGCCAAGAUGGCCUCUAAAUAAUGGAAGUGGUGAUCUUGGCGAUUGGCUGCGUCACAGAGGGCGGGAGGUAACUGAGACUCAACGUGGUUACUCGCCACUCAGCUGGAACAGAAACCCACCCAUCACACCAAUUUGUCCCCGCCCACUCCCCUGCCGCUCACCGCCAAAAUGCAUCCAAAUGGAGCGUCACGUGAUCCGCCCGCCUCCCAUCAGCCCCCCGCCUGACAGGCUACCCCUGAACGACGGCGAGGCACAUUUGAUGCGAAGAGAGAUGUGGAUGAAGGUGUUCAGUCACCUGACGCACAGAGAUCUGUGUGUGUGCAUGCGUGUGUGCAGGACGUGGAACAGAUGGUGCUGCGACAAGAGACUCUGGAAGCAGAUCAAUCUGAACCGCUGUAAAUCCAUCACUCCUCUCAUGCUGAGCGGAAUCAUCCGGAGGCAGCCGACAGCUCUAGACCUCAGCUGGACCAACAUCUCCAAGAAACAGCUCAGCUGGCUCAUCAACAGACUGCCUGGUCUACGGGUGCUGCUGCUGUCAGGAUGCUCCUGGGUGGCUGUGUCUGCUCUUUGCACGUCCAACUGUCCUCUCCUGAGAACUCUGGAUGUUCAGUGGGUGGAGGGACUUAAAGACGCUCAGAUGAGAGAUCUGCUGUCGCCUCCUACUGACAACAGGCCAGGUCAGUUGGACAACAGGAGUAAGCUGCGUAACGUGGAGGACCUGCGUCUGGCAGGUUUGGACAUCACAGACUCGUCUCUGCGUCUCAUCAUUCGCUACAUGCCGCUGUUGUCCAAACUGGACCUCAGCUACUGCAACCAUGUCACCGACCAAUCCGUCAACAUCCUGACCGCUGCGGGGACGACCACUCGAGACUCGCUCACGGACAUCAACCUGUCAGUCUGUAACAGGGUCACGGACCAGUCGCUGACCUAUUUCAAGCGCUGCGGGAGCAUUUGUCACAUCGACCUGCGAUACUGCAAGCAGGUGACCAAGGAAGGCUGUGACCAGUUCAUCGCCGAAAUGUCCGUCAGCGUGCAGUUUGAGCUGAUCGAGGAGAAACUGCUGCAGAAGAUCAGUUAGGCCAAGGAACUCAACCACUCAUGGUAAAUCUACUGUCCACACGGAGGCAGCAGACGACUGCGCGCUGUUUCAUAGACAUCUGCAGACUACUAAACAGACACGCUGUCUGUGUCUGUAAAGGGAAGCUGUGCUGCUCAGCCAGAAUGUAAAAACAGAAAUCUCGUCCUGUGAAGGCAAAAAUGCAAAAAUUAUUUUGUUGUUGUUUGCACUUGUUUCUAAGUUAUUUAUUUCUUUAUAUUGAUUGUAUUGUAUCAUGUUUAUCUUUUGGUGUUAAUAGAUUAUUUUUUGUUCCAAUGCAAAGUUUAUUGCAUUAUAGAGUAAUAUUUUUGUAUCAGAAAGUGUUUCAUACAUUUAAGUGCAGUAUUGAUUGCACCAUUUACCAUUGAAAUUGAUAAUCAAUCGGCAUUACUGUUAAGCUCUUUAUUGUCGAGAGGCAAAAGUCUAUUGAUUUGUUGCCAAACUGUAGGAUGUAGCUUGUGUUUGUGUGAGUGUUUUUAUAUUUGUAUUAUGUUUCUGAUUUUUUUUUAUUUCCAAAUAACGACUCCAUGUCCUUUUGGGUGAGAUAUGUCCAAGAAAAGUGAUUUGCACUGAUACAGAAAAUGGGAAUACAUGAAUGUAUUCACACUACACUACACAUUAUACAGUGUAUAAAGCUUAUUUUUUCAACACUAAGAUGUUCAGCUUAUUCUACUAACAGCUUCUAGUUAACCAGGCUUUAUUAAAACAAACCUGCCAGCCUCCAUCAGUCUUUAGCAGUAUUGGUGCUUUGUGACAGGAAGCGAUUUAGCUCUGCAUGCAGCAAAGAAACAAGUUCACUACACAAUCAAUAGGUUUAUAACCGUCAGACAAUACGCCAUCUGUUUACUCCUGUUGUAGCUGAACUCCAUAUGAAAAAUAGAGAUUUAGGCUUUAAUCAGGCAAGAAAUAAUAACAUCAAGGAAUCAGAGAAACUUACAGGAUUCUUAAAGAACAAGGAGUGUCUCUCUACUCAUUCUCAUUUCAGACCUUGUUAACGCAUGGUCUGUACUGUGCAAAAAUCUCAUGAUCCAAAAAUGUUGAGUAUUUCACUGUGAUGUAUUCUGUUUUAUUUUGAAAACAUAUCCAGCCGGUAUCAGUACAUUAGUCACAAUCUGUCAAUCUUGACCAAAAACUUCAAAGUCAAGAUCCAAACUGUACAUUAUCUACAGUGUCUCUUUACUUUAUACAAUAUAAGAAAGGGUCUUGCAUCCUUCAUACUGUGCUGUAGGAAGAAGAAAAAGCACCUUCCCUGAGAGAAUAUAGGAUUGAAACGAAUAGUUUUGCUCUGUUGUUCUUGUUUCAGUGGUUCUACUGUAAGACAUUUAUUAACACUGGUUGUGUCACAACGUAUUUAAAGCUCCUGUUAGGGUUUUUUAACUACUUAUAAAACAGACUUUAGUUACCAGUGAUACCUUUUUGUGGGCUGCACUAGCAAACAGGGCCAUUAGCAAAAACAUUGAUGUCUAUAUUAUCAUUUUUUAUAAGUGGCUGUAAACAGUGAAGGGGGUAGGUGUCCAAAAAAUAUUCUACAAUAAAAGUUGAUAGUUAUAAAUUGGACUGUUGAGGAAAGUGAGAUGAGAUUUGUGUACUGGACAAGAUCAGCAAAUAAAUGAAAGGUAUCACUUUGACCACAAGGGGCGCCAAAGUCAACAUAAACAAAAAAUGACUUACAGGAGCUUUAAAUAGUGUUUUUUUUGUUUUUUUUUAGUUAAAACGUAAAUGAAUAAGGUACAUUGCAACCUUUUGCAUUCAUAAGUAUUUUUCUUACCAUUUUUUUAUCAUGUUUUAGUUUUUAAAGUUAUUAAAAAUACUAAGUUUGCUAUUGGAACCUGGAACUCAAGAGUUUUUUUAAUACUUUUUUGUUAGAAAUAAGAUAUUUGUGUAACUUCUAAGUGGCACUUGAUACAGUGGAUGCAUUUACAUUUAGUUUUUCCCAUUUUUUUUUAUUAAACCAUGUCUUCAUUGUAUCCUUUAAUACAUUACUGCAAGUGUUCAGUCUGUACAUAAUGUACAUGUAAAGCCUCUAGGAAAAGUUAAGUCAACCUUUUGGUACAUUAAAUUCAUUUGAAAUACUGA